AUGGAAGAAUCUCUUGAAAUUUUCCAGCUACGACUCGAACACAAGAGGUUCUUUGAGGAUGUCGAACAGGAACGCACGAGCAAAGAGAAGCUGAGGGAGGAGUUGGUCACGGAAAUUCACCGUCGUGCCGACGCGGAGAAAACGAUCAGGGCGCUGAAGGAUGAGAAUAUGAAGCUCAGACUAGAAUUAGAGAGAUCUCAGAGGCUUGAGAGGGGAUGGGAGGUUGAAGCACUGGGUUUGUCCACGGAAAUGUCUCCCAAGAAGAUCGUGGAGACAAGCGACGCAAUAGACAUCAUUGAGAUCUUGGACAGCGAAGAGGAUGAGGCAGGCGCUUCGAAUCAGCUUGCGUGCAAAACACCCUUCCCCGCCAAAUGCUUUAAAACGGGGUCUCCUUCCACUCCCCCGAAGAAAUCAGGCUUGCACGACGCCACCCUCACUACAAGCAAAGGCGAGGAUUUUGGUGCUGAGGAAUUCAACACCGCAAUGGUCGGCAUUCCUACGAAGAUGGAUGCCACCUCCUCAAUGAGGAAAAAGCGGGACAUUCAUCACUUAUCAGAUUCGGAAGAAGUGAAGGAAGCGAAGAAGGCUAAGGCUAUGCCUGAUUCAAGUCCUCUUCACUCACGAGACAAGGGGAAACGAAAGGAGGAGGUUGAGGAUUUCUCGAGCGGGAUUACAGAACUAUCGUUUUUCACGGGUUCGACAGGGGCGUUGGACGCUAGUGCCACGUCACCAGUCGUGGGUGACUCAUUUGUGGAAGAUACGCCUCAAAGCUCGCCGGCCAAGGGAAAAAACCGAUUCAUUUCGACGUCGAAGACUCAGCCACGGGAAGCGAGCAGCUCUGGCAAGCGGCCCUCGCAAGGUACAUUAAACUCGAAAGCAUCUACUUCGAAGUCCGCGUCUACUUCUAAGGAUUUGGACGAGUUCAAGAGUCCUUCAGCUCCUAUGAAGGCCAAGGAUGAGGGAGACCUGUUCGUCUUAAACCCUGAGCGAGCAGCUCACGUUCUCAGCGGUAUCCCAUCCUACGCAAUAAACCCGCCUGCCCAUGAUUUGAGACUUCCGCGGCAAUUCCUGACCAACACCUUUGGUUUGCCGAUGAUGGGUUUCAUAUGGGAUACGCGAGGAAAAAAAGACGAGAAGAAAAAGAUUCCAGGUCGCAACUUCCAGUUCCUAACGGCAACGUACCAACUCAAUCCGAACAUGCCCAGUUAUCCUGGCGGUCCGGGAUUAUUGCUUUCGUGCAGGAAAGCUAUGCUGGGAUCUGUUUGGUCGCUUUUUGCUCCUGUGCGGAGCGAGAAAAUGGCGCGCUGGAAUUAUCUUGGGCAGUACACACCUGAAGAGGCUGGGACGCUGACUCGUGAUGAGUUUCAAAGUCAAACUCCAGCGGUCAGGGAGAAAUGGGGCAAGAAGAUCGUCGAACAUAAGAAAUACCCCGAAUAUCUGGAGAUGCGCGCUCGAAUCGCUUUUCGAAAGAGAAAUGGCGGCGAAGAACCUGAUGUAAAGGCUGUGGAAAGUGAGAUAAAAAGGAUCAAGGAGAAUAAGGAUGCAAAAUAUCUUUCGGUGCAAGAUGUUAUUGGCGCUUUUGAUCGUGGAGAAGAGUCGAUCAGUAUAAUUUCUAUGGAGUGCGUAUCGUACAACGAGGAAUUUGCUCGGGAGCUGGCCGAUAAGCUCGCCCCUUGGACGAAGGCCUAUGAAGCCGCGAAGAAGCCUACACGGCCAAAGACGAAAGGAAAAUCCAAAGGUAACCGCAAGGGAGCGGAGGAGGAACUCGAAGGAGAAGUGUCUGACGAACGUACCGUGAAGAAGUCUAAGCGGAAGCCAUCUAGGAUGAACAGCGAGACCGGGAGUGUGGGCGGGGAAGUGGCUAAGAGAAAGAUGCCUAUUCGAAACGCCACUAAGGCUCGGCCUGUCGAAGCGUCACUUUCUGUCGAGGAGGACAUUGAAGCGGAUAUGAAGUGCGAAAGAGUGGAGAAGGAGAGGGACAAGUUCCGGGAUGCGCUUUGGGCAUUGAGGGAGGAGUUCACUGCGUUGCAGAUGCGUUCGGAAAAAAUAGAAGGCGAGAAUGCGGAGUUGAAGGAAGCGCUAUCGUUUGGGUUGUCUCGAAGAAAGUCUCCUGAUAUUGUGCAACCGCCUCCCACUGCGGGAGACGCUAAUCCGGUCAUUCCCGCUUUGGAAAAGGUGGUACACACGACACCUGUCCUGCAGCCGCACAAUUCUAAGCCCGCCUCCCUUCUGGGGAAAAGAACAGCAAUGAAAUUAAUCAACAACAAUUCGGAACCAGAAACGCAGCCAUCACCUUCGAAGCGAGUGCGUUUUGCGGAGAAGGAGACGAUCAAUGUUAUACACAUCGCCAAUCCUUCACCUCCAAGUGAUCAUGAAGUGGACGUUGAGGUUGCCAUGUUGCAACUUGAACCGACUGAUCAGGCGAAGUUCAUCCCUGAGCAGGGUCCUCCAACGAGGAUAAAGACCCAGUGGGAUCCACUGAUUGGCAAGCGAGUCCCCAUCAGUAAACAACCAAUAAGCUGUAAAGCGACAGUUGCGAGUGAUAAUUCAACAGAGAGUGAAUGCCAGAGUACCGAAGGAUUCACAACGUUCUGCGGAAAACGGAUUGAAAGGGAUAAUGUCUAUCGAAUUACAUGA